AAAACAUAUAUAAAAAACAAGGAUGUAAUAAAGUGUGUUUUUGUGCAGCCACAAAGUUAAGAUGGCAGUUAAACUCCGUACCGAGUAUGGUUCUGUGCUACAUAUGCCUGUAUUGAAGGAAUGUGCUCGAGAAAAGGGUUCCCAUGGUAUAGUCGAGUCCUAUGGACACAAGCAGUAUCUCCAAAAUCCAGGAGAAGAUAAUGAUUAUUUGAUAACAGGAACGCAUCCAUAUCCUCCUGGACCUGGAGUGGCUCUGACUGCAGACACUAAAAUCCAAAGGAUGCCUAGUGAAUCAGCAUCUCAAUCAUUAGCUGUGGCACUGCCUCCAUCUCAAUCCAAAAUAGAAUCAAAUAGAACUGCUGCUAGCGUAGGUGAUAUAUAUAGACAUGCUGGGAUUUCUGAGCGUUCACAGCCUCCAGGUUUGACUAUGGCUAUGAUGGAAACUGGUGGGAAUAAAAAUUCUGCAUUAAUGGCAAAAAAGGCUCCAACAAUGCCAAAACCACAGUGGCAUCCACCAUGGAAGUUAUACAGAGUUAUCAGUGGACAUUUGGGAUGGGUGAGAUGUAUUGCAGUUGAACCAGGAAAUCAGUGGUUUGUUACUGGCUCUGCUGACAGGACUAUAAAGAUUUGGGAUCUGGCAAGUGGCAAAUUAAAACUGUCUCUAACAGGUCAUAUUAGUACAGUUCGAGGUGUGAUAGUCAGUGCAAGAAGUCCUUACCUUUUCUCAUGUGGGGAAGACAAACAGGUGAAAUGUUGGGAUCUGGAAUAUAAUAAGGUUAUUAGGCAUUACCAUGGCCACCUAAGUGCAGUGUAUGGCUUGGAUUUGCAUCCAACAAUAGAUGUGCUUGUAACUUGUAGCAGAGAUUCAACAGCACGUAUCUGGGAUGUAAGAACAAAAGCUAGUGUGCAUACGUUGUCAGGACACACGAAUGCUGUGGCAACAGUGAAGUGCCAAGCAGCAGAGCCACAGAUUAUCACAGGAAGUCAUGAUACCACCAUACGUCUCUGGGACUUGGUAGCAGGAAAAACACGAGUCACGUUAACAAAUCACAAGAAAUCUGUAAGAGCAGUUGUCUUGCAUCCAAGACAAUACACGUUUGCAUCUGGAUCUCCAGAUAAUAUAAAACAGUGGAAAUUCCCUGAUGGAAAUUUCAUCCAAAACCUUUCUGGCCAUAGUGCUAUUAUCAAUACAUUGGCUGUGAACUCAGAUGGAGUCCUGGUUUCUGGAGCUGACAACGGUACAAUGCACCUUUGGGAUUGGAGAACUGGGUACAACUUCCAAAGGGUGCAUGCAGCUGUACAGCCUGGCUCGUUGGACAGUGAAUCUGGAAUAUUUGCUUGUGGAUUUGACCAAUCUGAAAGCAGACUUCUUACAGCUGAAGCUGAUAAAACUAUAAAAGUCUACAAAGAAGAUGACUCUGCGACUGAAGAAACUCAUCCUGUUAGCUGGAAACCUGAAAUCAUCAAAAGGAAACGAUUUUAAUGAGACCAAACUUCAAUUGAUGUGCCAUAAUCCCAACUGUUUGUUAAUAGCCGAAACAUUGCUAAAGCCAUUGCUUCAGUUUGCAGUCUUUACAUUUUGUAUUGCUUUCUUCUCUUUUGAGUUUAUCUUUUUUUCUUUUCCUAUAAUGCUAUCUUUUGGAAUUUAUCUUUUCUCUCAUCCUAGAAAAAUCAGCUGCAGCUAUUAUACAUAUAUAAUAAAUCAGAGGACGUUACAUGGUAGAUUGCUGUUAGCUGUAAACCAUUAAAUGUUUGCACGUCUUUCUGUGUGGAUGGAAAAUAGUGCUCUUUUUUUUCUGCCUUCUUGAUGAAGAAGCAAUGUUUGAAAUUUGGAUGAUUUUUUUUUU